AAAGCUGGCUGGUGUUCUGACCCUGGCACCCUGUUUCAGUUGGUGGUGUGAUGAUUUAUGGGUUGUUUUUUGAAACUGUAAUUCUAUGCAAGAAAGCGAUGUUGGUUAUUGUAUGCCUCGUUUUCACGUUAUUUAAUAGUGGAAUCGCUGGCAAACUUCCCACUCUGAAUGGAGCUACAUCACAUCAGGUUUAUUAUAGAAACACGACAUAUGGGAACAAUUUAGAUGCUAUAGCAGGUGUGAGAGCUUUCAUUCAUGAGGACGAGGCAGAGUCAUGGACUGUGGGUGGGAAAGAGGCAUGGCCUCACUCAUGGCCAUGGCAGGUAGUAUUGAGUUUUGCCAAUGUGCCAGUCUGUGGUGGUGCCAUCCUCAACCGGUACUGGAUCGUCACAGCCAGCCACUGCUUCAAGCGAUAUACUAAAGAAUCACUCUGGUUAGUGAGGGCUGGAAAACAUGAUUUGGGGAAUGAAAUGGAGUCCUGCCAACAGGAUGCCAAAGUGGAUAAAAUAAUCACUCACAAGGGCUAUAACAGCAUAACCAAACAGCACGACAUCGCCCUGCUGAAGCUGCAGACUCCACUGCUGUUUGAUGAAUGUGUGAGGCCCGUUCCUGUCUGGAGCACAGACUUGCCUUCACUGAAACGAUGCACCGUUACAGGAUGGGGUUCCACCACUGAGAGUGGCCCCCAUGUCAACAGGCUUCAAGAGGCCAAUGUUACCAUACUGGAGUCUGAUACAUGUGUCAUGUUUUAUGGAGGGCUUAUCCAUUCCUCUAUGGUGUGUGCUGGAGACAUGACAGGACGUUUGGAUGCGUGUCAGGGGGAUUCUGGAAGUCCUCUGUCCUGCUUCACAGGAAAGGGGUAUGAACUUGCUGGAAUUGUUAGCUGGGGAGCAGGCUGUGGCCAGACAUGGAAACCAGGGGUCUACACUAAGGUUGUGUUUUACAUCAAGUGGAUUAAUUCCGUCAUUGAUGCUGUGCGUUCCAUGCAAGUGACAAAGUGUGGCCAGGCCAAGGUGAAACCCUGCAGGCUCGAUCAAGGCUAUAUAGGUUUCAAGUCAACUGAGCCCAGUGGAGAGCAGAGACUGGUAAACCUGACUGAGGCAUGCCCUCACUCCUGGCCCUGGCAGGUCAGCUUACAACGUGAAGACUCCCACUACUGCAGUGGUACACUCAUUGACAAAUGCUGGGCUCUAACUUCACGCCACUGCCGUGUUGUAGCUGGAGAUACGGUGGUGCUUGGUGCCCAUGAGCUCAACUCCACAGGAAGUCAGCAUGCAUCAGUCAAGGCGGUCUACAGCCAGGCUUAUGAUAGCGGCUACCCUCCACUGCAUGACAUUGCUCUCAUCAACCUCAGUGUUCCAGCUCGACUAGGAUCUUCAGUAUUCCCAGUUUGUAUCCCAGAUAAAGACAUGAGGUUUGAUCACCACUCAUCUUGUGUGACCACAGGAUGGGGUUAUAAAAGGUCAACACCAAACCUAAGACCUGAUGUUCUGCAUCAGGCCCUAGUGAAUCCACUACAGGAGCAGGCCUGCUGGAGUGGCUGGGGUCAGAUUUUCAGCUCCAGUGUCCUCCUGUGCACACAACCUGCUGCCUCAUCAUCCUGCCUGGGUGAUGCUGGAGCACCACUUUUGUGCCAAAAAAAUGGCCGGUACUAUCUGGCUGGCAUGAUGGCAUUGGAGGUAAAGUGGUGUGAUCUCCAGAAACCAGCCAUCUUUACUAGUCUUUCCAGCUUCCGGUCCUGGAUUGAGAAUAUUAUGACCAAUGAAGGACUAUAAUAAAAAAAUGCAUUUUUUAAAUGUUUUGUACAUAUUGGAACAUUGUCUCCAUUGAAGACCUUCAAGGAAGUGUCACCCUGAAAUGCA